CACAGCACCGCAUGUAAACUUAGUUUCUUGACACAGAAUGUGGCCUCAAAUGACCUCUCGACAAGUACACCUAUCAUGGUUACCUGGUUUUGCUAAUCAAACACCUCCUCCACAUGCUGUUGAAGCUACACCUGGUAUCUAUGUAAUUCGUGGUAGAAGUGGUGAUGAUGUUAUCCCCGGAAAGUGGCCAGCAGCUUUAGGCAAAGGCUACAUAUCUUAUGAUGGGAAGGAAGUAGAAUUACACAAUUUUGAAGUGUUGUGUAAUACAAAUUUAAGAACCAAUCAAAAUUUAUAUUGUUGGUAUCCAAGAUCUGCUGGUAAUGUACCAGACAAGGCAUUGCAAGCUGGUGAAACAUCUUCACACGAAUCUUUAUUUAUAGCCCGUGGUGUAGUGAAUGGUGAAGUAUGCGUAGGCAAGGUUCAUCCAUCACAUGGUUGUGCUUAUUUUCCAUGGGGAGGUGAUGAACAUGCAGUACAAAGUUAUGAAGUUUUAUGUUUUGUUGAUUAAUAAACAAUUUGCACUAUUUUUUAUUAUCUGACUUGUAUUUGAAACGGUUGUUUGUUUUUUCUUCAUUUCAACAAACAUAUUUAUGCUCAAAAGAAGAUUUCAAAAACAAGUGAAUUAUCAUUCGUAUGAAUAAAAGAAGUACUUCCCUACAUUAUGUGAUUCAAAUUUUAAAAUAUAAACACUUUGAGUCGUUA